UUUACGCAUUUUUCAGUUACCAAAUGUGCUCUUUUGCAGAUAUUUCCCUCUCGAUGUUAGGUCACAUUAUAAAACAAAUUGUUAUCGCUAGUCUAUAAGAACAGAACGACUAAAUGUUUUUUAAAAUACAGAUAUUUAUAGUGGCAUUGUCUUUUACAUCGCCGUCUGCCCUCCAGUUCAGAGACUGUGCCACCGACAAUAGUACAGCAGCCUUUACUGUUCACCAAAUGGUCAUUUUUCCGCCGCCAUUGUUGUUUCCUGGAGAACUUCGUGCAGCUAUCAGUAUAACAAUUAACCGACAGAUCAGUAACCUGUGGCUCGACUUUGUAAAGGAGAAGAACAUUCUUGGAAUGUGGAACAAAUUACCUUGUAUUGAAAAUACAUGGGGAUCCUGUACAAACAUCGAUUAUUGUGCGGUGCUGGAUAAAUUUCGAAACAGUCAGUCAGUAAACUCCGGGGAUUUCGAGUACCUAAUUGAGGAGAUAAUCUUUACCACUCUGGGAUAUGACGCACACUGCCCAAUCGAUCCAAAAACAAUCUAUGAGAAUCAUAUAAAAAUAAGGCUUCAAGGAAUUCAAGGUUCUAUCUCACAGUUUAUGACAGGCCGCUUCAGAAUCCGGAUAUCAUUGAAAGACGAUCCGACCAGUCCAGACAACAUUGGCUGUGUACAGUUCGAGGUGGAGAUUGGUAAUAAUUACUCAGGAGUUUCAGUGGUCGGCUAAUCGGUUUUGACAGUCAUUAUGUUAAAUUGAAUGACUAUUCCUUUCUACCUGGUGAUUGUAUAGUGUGGAAAUAUAAAGAGGAAUCCGUAUACAAAUUUUGUUUUUCCUUGUCAGAUGAAAUAUCCAGAUUGAUUUAAUUAAAUUAAUUAACUAUUG